AUGGCUGCUCAGAUUAUAGAGGCGGAUCAAAUUAAACAGUUCAGAGAGUUUCUUGGGACAUAUAAUAAAUUGACAGAGAACUGCUUCCAGGAUUGUGUGAAGGACUUUACAACCCGAGAGGUGAAGCCUGAAGAGAUUACCUGCUCUGAGCAUUGUCUUCAGAAGUAUUUGAAAAUGACACAGAGGAUAUCCAUGAGAUUUCAGGAGUACCAUAUACAACAGAACGAGGCUCUGGCAGCUAAAGCAGGACUUAUCGGCCAACCUCGAUAG